GGAAUUCAAGCUGAGUUAAUACUGGGAACAAUUGCUAGGAAAGCAAAUAAAAAUGGUGCUGCUAAUGAGGAUUAUUUAGAAGAUAGGGUUAGUUUUGGUGAGGAUAAGCUGAUAGACUCUGGCAGCAAGGCUGUCAUGAUGGCUUGGGAGAAACCACUGAUGGAGGCUCAUGCAAAAGCUGUUUGCUCUGGAGGUGGCCACGUACUAAACGUUGGAUUUGGAAUGGGACUUGUGGAUACAGCCAUUCAGCAGUAUUCUCCAGUAACACACACGAUAGUUGAGGCUCACCCAGUGGUCUAUAAGCGAAUGCUUCAGAGUGGUUGGGAUAAGAGGGAGAAUGUCAAGAUAAUAUUUGGUCGUUGGCAAGAUGUUCUUUCUCAACUUGAAACCUAUGAUGGUAUAUUCUUUGACACCUACGGGGAGUAUUAUGAAGAUCUAAGAGAAUUUCACCAUCAUCUUCAUAAAUUAUUAAAGCCCGGAGGGAUCUACUCAUUCUUCAAUGGUCUUUGUGGAGGUAAUGCUUUCUUCCAUGUUGUCUACUGUCAUUUAGUGUCUCUAGAACUUGAGAAUUUGGGUUACACCACCCAGUUAAUUCCGUUGCCUGUUAAAGAUUGUCUGGGAGAAGAAGUUUGGGAAGGUGUCAGACAAAAGUAUUGGCAACUUGAUACCUAUUACCUCCCUGUUUGCCAGUCUAUAGAGGACUCUGAAUGAUGUUUGAAUAUACUACAGCUGGUUUUUUUAUCUUUUCUAUCUCUAGAACACUGCAAUAUCAUCAUCCAUAAUUUGGUUAGUUUGGAGAGUAGAUGGUAUAGCAGAUGUUCCCCACAAGAUCUGCUAUCUUGUGUUUAUGGAAUUGUUUCUACAUCCAAAUAUAUUUCGUCCCGACAUAUGAUAAUGUCUGAACCUUAAAUUUAUGCAGCUUAUUGAUGGAAAUUGACUACCACUGAA